CAUCACCUUCUUAUGAUAUAUACAUAUAUAUAUAUAUAUAUAUAUAUACAUAAUAGUAAUGCACAAUUCAAUUGAUUUAUAUUUAAAAACGUGACAGUUAAAUUAGAUAAAUGUUUUGGUCAACUUAUAAAGUUAUUUAGAUGUUUCAAUUUUCAGAUAAAAUAUUACUUUCAUAACAAUAACUUCAAUCUGAAAAUUAGUAAAACGUAUUUAAGUUCAGCGAUAAUCGAAUUGGAUUAAAAUUAUAAAUCAGAUACCAACAAAAUUAAUUAUUUAAGAACAAUGUGGUUUGAAUACAUUUGGACAACAUUAACAGCUGUAGCUGUAAUAACAAGCAAUAGUGUAUCUCAUGCUCAGAGUCAAAACACAAGUGAAUCUAAAAUAACACGGCAUUUAGGAAAUGAUAUAGUUCACAACGAACAUGAUAUACUAAAUACAAGAAACAUCACACAAAUUAUAGAUAAUGGAAACAAAACUAAUACCCAAACACUGUUUGGAGAUAUUAUUGCGAAUAGUAUGAAAAACUUUAUACCUUUUUCUAAUGUCAAUGAAAAAUGUACUAAAGAUGGACAACAUUUCGUGAAUGAUUUAAAUAACCAAACACUGUGGGCUGUCAAAAUGUACACUUCUUCAUCUAAAUAUCCUGGAACAAUUUUAUCCGGUGACGUCAACGAAUUGGGAUAUUUUGACCAAUGCAUGCGGGUGUCAUCAAAAAGUCUUGGAAUUAACGGAGCGUACGCCUUAGCAAACGUAAGAUUCCACCUAACUGCAGACAAAGGACCUCACGAACCCCUCAACCAAUUCGACAUAAUCAAAGCGGAUUGGGAACGAUCGAAAAGGGAUCCGUUAGUAGUAGGACCGGAAAACCUAUUAUGGGCGUUGUGUUUUCCAGACUCUUGUACCAACGAAGACAUACAAUUAUCCGUCGAUCGUGCGUUGACACCGGCUUUUCAGGAUCGCAAUAUCAGUGUUGACGUCGUAGUGCCGCCGUUGAUGUAUACCUCUAAGAACACGACGAUGAAGUAUUCUAAUGCAGUUUUGAUGAUUUAUGGAAUAUUUAUCGUGGGCUGUGCAUUGAUGAUCUCCGGCACGAUAUACGAUUUAUUUGGCGAUCACUCGAAUCCCGGAAAAUCUACUUUUGCCAGCAAGUGCUUACAUUCAUUCUCGGUUGUAACAAAUAUGAGAAACUUAAUGGAAGAUCCAAAAACCAAAGACUAUGGUGUAACUAAUGGGCUUAAAACAUUGGGAAUAAUUUCUGUGAUAAUCGGUCAUAGAGUAGCUUUAAACUUAGGAAUCCCAAACAUUGGUCCAGAAUACUCGGAACGCAUUUUUACCGACUUCUGGUGGUCAUUCCUCAAGGCUCCGGUUGCAGUUGAGAUAUUUUUUAUAGUAAGCGGAUUUUUUACAUACAUCGUAAUCGAAGAGCGUUUAAGGAAUGGAAAAUCAUUAAAGUUCAUGUUCUUAAUGAUUUACCGAAUAAUCAGAAUUUACCCGAUGUAUAUUACUGUUAUUGUAAUAUUUGCAUUUAUUUUGCCUUAUAUGGGUGAUGGUCCAUUGUGGAAACUUAUUGUUUACCCCGAAGCCGAGUUUUGCCGGAAAAACUGGUGGACCAAUCUAUUGUUCAUAAACAACUAUGUACAUUCAAACGAAAUGUGUAUGGUGCACACGUGGUACUUGGCAUGUGACAUGCAUUUUUUUAUAGUUGGAGUUUUCUUGACCUAUAUUGUAUGGAGAUGGAAUAAAGCCGGUGUUUUUGUUUAUGGUGUUCUCUUUGCUAUAUCUAUGUAUAUACCUGCGAAAUCAAUUUACGAUAAUAAACAAUGGGGAGUGAUGCCAUACUUCCAUGGUAAUAUUAAAAACCUCAGGACAACUGAACAUUUCCAAAGAGUUUACAUAAAGAGUCAUUACAGGAUUACUACAUACCUCGUUGGUCUUGCAACUGCGUUUAUAUAUUUGCGUAUCAAACAAUCCAAAUUUAAAUUUUCAGUAGAAAGUAGAAUAAUUGGAUUUAUGGUCUGCUUCUUGCUGCAUAUCGCCUGUUAUAUCGUUACUGGCUACUUAUAUUUACCAGGCCUUACGUACAAUCCAUGGAAUCACAUAAUGUACUUCACGUUCCAGAGAAUUGUAUAUUCAUUGACUAUAUCGUACUUGCUUGUCGUCAGCUCUUUAUCUAAUUUUGGUUUUAUCAGCAGUUUUAUUGAGUGCAAACUUUUCAUUGUCAUAUCAAGAUUAUCGUACGUCCUGUAUCUGAUACAUUUUAUUGUUCAGUUGCAAAGUAUUGGUCAAAUCCGUCAACCACAAUAUGGAAACUUUUGGACAUUGUAUUGGGAAAUCAACGCCGAUUUAAUAACAGCUCUAUCGUACUCUGUAUUUUUCAAUAUCAUUGUGGAAGCACCGUGCAGAAAAAUAUUCAAGGAACUUAUGAGUACAUUUCUUAAAGCUGAAAAAGAAUCGGACACGGCGGGGUCAUAAUGUUCAUGAUGGGAGUAAUGACCUAACAUUAAAUGCAGCUCUUUCAUAUAUUAAAAUUGCUCAAAAACAUUAAACUAAACGCCUCUUCAAUAUUAUAAAGUACAAUCUUAGUUAACAUUUAAAAUGUGUAAUAUAUAAUGUACCUAUUUUACCAAACACACACACACACACAUAUAUAUAUAUAUAUAUAUAUAUAUAUAUUAUAGUGCUAGAAUAAUAAGUCAGUGUGAGUUUGUUUUAAUGGAAUACAAAUAUACAAAUUAAUUUUAUUUAAGUAACACUGAAGAUUUACAGUUGUUGAAUUUAUUAAUGUACAUAACAAUGUCACAAGACUUUAUUUUAUUGAAAUCAAAAAAAUAAUCAAAUAAGUAUUGUAUUAGUGUAUUACAUUGUGUGUUAUGGUACCUACUGAUGUUCAUUGUACAAAUACAAAAAAAAAAAACAUAAUUACUACAAGUUAAAAUAUUUAUAUUAUAAAUUAAAUAAUACAUUUUAUUUUUAUUUUCUGAAGAUGAAAAUUGUUACAAGUUAUUUAAGUCUCAGUGCAUAUUACAGUUGACAUAUUUUCAAGAAAGAUGGAUCACCCUUCGUGACUUUUAUUUUACCGUUUUGCAUAUCAAAGAAGUAUAACAAUAAUAUGUUUAUACAGAUAGGCAUUUUUAUAACACAGAAAAUACACACUGUUCGUAGUACUUAAAGUGUAUAAAUGUUUUUACGAUGAAUGACGUCAAUAACAAUAAUACCUAAUU